AUGACCCGGGGACACCCAGAGCGCAUCAAUCCAAACCACAUCAUCUCUGUAUUAAACUCGCCUUCCGUUUCUUCCAUUUCUCCGUCGCCAGAACUUCAACAGCUUCCUUCUAAUAUCAAAAUGGUGGGCCGGAAGAACAUGCGCACCAAGCCUCAGGCGGAUGCCACUAUGCUACCAGUCACUUAUACUCCAACCACUCAUCGUGUUAGCAAGGCCAAGAAAGGCAAGCGAGUACAUGCUUGCCAACAUGAAGGAGCGGAGCACAAGAGACGCCAUGAAUUGAACCACAACCCCGAGGCUUCCUACCGAUGCAUGCAGCAAGGAUGCAAGAAGGCUUUCCACCGCGCGGAUUUACUUGCGCGCCACGUGGAGAGACACGAACUCGAGGCGCAAACCGAUCAGUCCUCGUGGGCAUCUCCCCCAGCAUCCUUGCAACCCGAAUCCUCCAUCCCGCGCUGUAUGUCAAUGGAUAAUGGAAUGCCAUUGACCGUAACCUCCCAAACCAACACUAUGUCUAUUGGGUCCCUGGUGGCACCCGGGAUUCACCCAGACCUGGCCAACGAUUGUUCUUUGAUGUGGAGCGGCGUCGACCUGCCUUUGCAGCCCCGUCCAACAUUCCAGACUCAGCUCCACGAGAACGCAGACGACAGCCCAUUUUACUCUUCCCCCGCAGAGACUUGUCCCUCGCCUCUCUCGGACACAACAUUUUCUCUUCCUCCCCACUCUAGCUCCUCCAUGUCUUCCACAUCCGUUUCUGUGAUCGACCAAUAUCCCAAGAACAUCCUCAAGGGCGACGUCUCUGCAUCUCCUCUCCAACUUCACACUUCUCUCCUCCGGUGGGACACAGAUGCCGGCAUGCCUCAGUCGCACCUGGUUCCUAUGUCCAUUGGGGAGAAUUUAAUACAGCCAGUAAGCUUUGCGAUAAACCAGCCAAUGGAAAACCUUCUAACAUUUUCCCAGCCUGUUCAGUGCCAUUACCCUUCUCCAUCAUGGUCAGGUUCAGACUGCCUUCCAUACGACGAUCAGGUCCAGUCCCUGCACCAAUUCCAGCCUGUGAGCUGGGGCAUGUGA